AUGACCCAUCAAGCACACCCCUACCACAUAGUUGACCCUAGCCCUUGACCUUUGACAGGCGCAAUCGCCGCUUUACUAAUGACAUCAGGUUUAGCAACCUGAUUCCACUUCCAAUCCACAACCUUAAUAAGCCUAGGAAUAGCCCUUCUUCUCCUAACGAUAUAUCAGUGAUGACGAGAUAUUGUACGGGAAGGUACCUUUCAAGGACACCACACACCCCCAGUACAAAAAGGCCUUCGUUACGGCAUAAUUCUAUUCAUUACUUCUGAAGUUUUCUUUUUCCUAGGUUUUUUCUGAGCUUUUUACCACGCUAGUCUUGCCCCUACACCAGAGCUCGGAGGUUGCUGACCUCCAACUGGUAUUACUACCCUAGACCCCUUUGAAGUCCCUCUUCUAAAUACUGCGGUUCUUCUUGCAUCCGGGGUUACAGUCACAUGAGCCCACCAUAGCAUUAUAGAAGGGGAACGUAAACAAGCCAUUCAAUCCCUUGCCUUAACUAUUCUUCUUGGGUUUUACUUCACCUUUCUUCAAGGUAUAGAGUACUAUGAAGCCCCAUUUACAAUUGCAGACGGGGUUUAUGGCUCUUCCUUCUUUGUUGCCACAGGUUUUCAUGGUUUACAUGUCAUUAUUGGCUCUUCAUUUUUAGCUGUUUGUUUCCUACGUCAAAUUCGUCAUCACUUCACAGCUGAGCACCACUUCGGAUUCGAGGCGGCUGCUUGAUACUGACAUUUCGUAGACGUUGUGUGACUUUUCCUAUAUAUCUCUAUCUACUGAUGAGGAUCUUA